GAGCCGGCCUGAUCCUUGUGAGAUAGUGUGUGUGGGCGGGACCGUAGCCUCGGGGGAGAUCAGAGUGACGCACGCCAAGAACCACACUCCACAGCACGGGUUUAUAAAGGCUAAGCCGCUGGCAACACGGCGAUCAUUCUAGAACCUUCAGAGGGUGGAAACAUGGCAUCUCAGGGCGCCGUCCUGGUUCCCAGAAACGUGCACAUCAUGGAUAUAUCAGGAGGAACACGCCGCAACCGGCCUGUUAACGUCGGGCUGACGGGCCGGACCAACUCGGCGUACUGGGGCCCGCCGCCCCGGGACACUACAGGUGACGCCGCGGUUACUACUAGACUCUCCUUCCCUCCGACGCAUGUUAGAAAGCAGGCCGGCGAUACUAGAACUGUUCUCCCGCCGCCCAGCCGGAAUAGCAGGCGGGAACCUUCACGUGAGCGUCUCGUCACCAGGGGGCAGUCUCGCGAUCAUCCCCGGCGGCCGAAGCCUCCCUCCCCGCCUGACGUGAAACAACAGGACGGUGGUACGGAAAGAACCGCGAACAUCCAGAACCAGUCCCCGCCACCCACGCGCGGUACUCAGCGAGACGCCGGCUGCAGACUCAACGAGAUCUACGAACUCUGGAAGACGGACUCGUAUCGGGACGAAGCUCGCGCGGACGGGCGGAAGAAACUCACGCCUCUAGCGACCGCCAGCAGGGUUCUAGACCCAACCGGACUGACAGAGGAAAGCAUGGAGUGGCUACAGGGUUAUACCGAAGAGGAGGAGAGAAGACAAGCCGUCAUGAAGAAAUGUGCGGACUGGGUCAACUCUCUCCCCAACAGGUUUCCCGCGUUCGCACAGCCCGAGAAGGACGCCGAACCCAUCUCAGCACUGCCCCCUAUCAUAGAGCGGGAGUAAUGCAUGCAUUCAGGGCUCGAAAUUCAUUUUAGGAAUAAGUGCACUGGUGCACCCAGCCUA